ACUGACGCUUCGGUAAAAGCAGUGUUGCCGCGAUUUCUGACUCGGCAUGCCGGUAACAUGUUCAGACCUGUAUGCACAUUUUCAGACAUGUACCGGACCGGUACCCUUCAUGCAGUAGACCGUAUGAUAAUGCCGAUACGUUAACCUUAUCCGCGAAUGUCGGCAGACGGAAAAUCAUGUCCCAUUGUCAAAUGCGAAGAUUACACACCGGGAUAUCUUUCCACAAACCAAGCAUUUGAUCCUCAAACAGCUUCAUUUUUCUAUGAGCCUGGAGAAUUUGCUCGUGCAGUACCGUCGUCUUCAUCUUCACAUCAUGUUGUGAAGAGUGAGUCCACGGAAAAGGCUUACAAGAUCGUCAACAUCAAGAAGGAAUUGGAUAAUGCGAACAUCCCUGCACAGCGUGUUCCCAGCAAAGAGUAUCUAGAAGCUCAACGUCAGUACCAGCAAAAUCUUCUACAAAGGCGGCAGUAUCUACUGACGUCACGUACUGCACUAGAACAAAGGAGUUGUCAGUAUAGCAAAGGAUCGUCGUCCAAUCAAGCUCUUAUAUCUGGCGGAGCGACUUCACAAAACCAUCAACAACCUCAUAAUCUAACUUAUCAGCAACAGCAGCGAAAUUAUCCACAAGUACAAUACUCCACGCUACUUUCCGAAAGAGGAGCUGCCAAUAGACUGGCACCAGGUCCGCAAAGGCUACCUUCGCAGAUAUUUGUGCAGCCGUCUUAUUCUGCUGAAGUACAACCGACUUCCUCCUACUUCGCUGAACAGAUGCAGUUGCGAUCUGGAGUGCAGUACGCAAGUGUCCCAGUACGUUACGUGCCAUACGAUGGAGAACUGGAACCGCCAAUUUACGUUCCGCCUCAAGGACAGGUAGCUGUGCCGCCGGGUACUAUCGUCUACACUCAAGAUGGGCGUCGUGUCACCGUACAACCAACACAAUAUGCUUACGCUCCUGUACCUGUGGAGUACGUUCAGGAUCCUGCACUUGCGUACGACAACAAUGGGAAUCUCCAACCUGUAAUGUUGAAUGGGGAGACUUCUAUCAUUGGACAGAUGCCCGUUGGUGCCGAUAAAAAGAAGAAAAGGCAGUCGAAAAGAGCCAAAGCGGCUGAAGGGGAAGGAGGAGAAAAUGCGGGUACAAAAAGAAGAAGGGGUGGUAGACGUAAGAAAGGUGGUGACGUUGAACAAACCAAUCAACAGGCAGAUGGAGUAACUGAUGGAUUGCCUCAUACCCCAACUCAUGGCGAGGUACUUAGACAAAAGAAGAGAAAUAUGGCGUUUCCGAAAGGCACAUUCCUGGUCCGAUAUGCUGAUUUGGACAACGAAGAUUAUGCGGGGCACAUCUGGCUUGUUGACAAUCACCAGCUGUUGCAGAAAUACACGUAUGAUGGUUUAGAUGCGUUUAACGUAAAGGUAUUCAGUCGUACCGAACGGUAUAGCGGAUGGCUGUGUACGUGUCCAUGGCUAUAUCACCCACUAACCGGUGUGAAAGGCAUUUUUGGCAAUCUGGAGAAGGUGGCAAUACUCAACUAUCCUACCAAAGAUGAGCUGUUUGCCAGAAGGGAGCUGUUUGCAAGAAAGGAAGAAGAGCAAGCACCGCCAUUCGAACCUGCCGAGCCUGAGGCUCAAGAAGUAAACUGUGCUGUUGAUGCUGAUGAAGCUGAUGUGCAUGCAGAAGAGGAAGUGAUUGAGCAAUAUCCGGUCAAAACUGAGCCUGAUGAUACUCCCAUAAAAAUUGAGAACCCAGAUUCUUAAUUAUUCAACAAGUAAUUUGUAUUGUUCAAGACUAAUCACUUAUCUUUUUAAUUCUUAUUAACGACUAAAGUGUUACUUUCUUUGUAUUACACUCGAUGGAUUUUCAUUCGGUGUCUUCAUGAAAUCAUGUUUCGUAAAUAAAAUUU